AUGAACUCACUCGCCCGAACUGCUCAUUUUCUAUCCUUUCCGGCAGCCCUUCGCCCCCUAAUUGCUGCCAGAUGGUACGCGACUCAGACUGGUCUUGGAGCUUCGGGCGCAACACCACAGCCGAGAAGGAGAGCUGUGACAGCUUUCAAUGAUGAUGGCAGAGUAGCAUGGGGGGAUCUAUCUCCGAGAGAAAAAGCGUCAAGAACAACACAACAGACAUUUAAUUUUGGGAUGAUGAUCAUUGGGGCAAUUUUGACUGGAGGCGUCGCAUACGUUAUGUAUACCGAAGUAUUCUCUCUUGACAGCAAGACGGCACAUUUCAACCGGGCGGUGGAUCAAAUCAAGAACGAUACAAGAUGUACAGAUUUAUUAGGAAACAGAAAGAAAAUCACUGCAUAUGGAGAGCCAAAUAUGAGUAAAUGGGCCACGGCCAGGCCAAUCGCAUCGAGGAUCGAAAAGGAUAGGCGUGGAGUUGAGCAUCUGAAAAUGCAUUUUAAUGUUGAAGGUCCACUUAAUAAAGGAGUGGUCAACAUACAUAUGACUAAGGGGCCUUCGGACGACGAGUUUGUUUACAAAUAUUUGGCACUUGAUGUGAAAGGCCACCAAAGAAUCUACCUCGAAAAUGCAGAUGCUACUGUAGAUAGUCCUGCAAAGAAUAAGACCAAGCUAUUUGGGAUCUCUUGGCGCUAA